UUUAAUUGUUUUUUUUCAAACUUGACAUUCAAUUUCAACUGCUAUUUAUAAAUCCAUUGCUUGUCUACGACUGACUGCACAUCACCGACAAAGACAUUGACCAUUAGUUUUAAAUAUUUUUUGUGUUUAGCUAAAAGACAACAACAAUUGUUUGCAAUUAAAUGUUUUGCAAUCAAUUACCAGUUCAGAUGCUGUUCAUGCUGUUGUUGUCCACUAAUUGUUUGAUACAAUCGACGGUAUCUGUGUCUGUGUUGUCGUCAUCAACAGCGGCGGCGAUGGCGGUGACGGCUGUGGUAACUCAUGUCAGUGGUGGUGGUGGUGGUGACGGCGACCAAAACCAGACCUAUCGGCGUCAACUGUUUCGCCGAUCGACUGACUGUACCGUUGAUUUGGAAGCUUUGAAAAACUGUGUCGGAAUCAGAUGGAAGAGUAAAGAUGGACCGGAAUUCCAAUGUUGCGGUCAACUGGAAGGCUAUUGUCUGUUAAAUCAAUUGCCCGACAACUGUCUAAACUCUAAACCCAAUAGUGAUGUAUUUGACAAAAAAAUGAAAAACUGUUCAGACAAUCAUGGCUUCAAACCGGAUGAGACCAACUGUAAGGCAUUGAAUCCUCCAGAUGUGACCACCGAUGACUGUAAGAAAUAUCUUCCCUGCUAUAGCUAUAGUACUACUAGUACUAGUACUAGUACUACUAGUAGUACAGGUGUCCAACACGAAUCCAAUGUAGUUAAUGCCGGUGCCCGACACGUAUUCAACGUAUUGUUAUUGGUGGCCGUUAUUGGUUUACUUUAA